AGAAAUAAGUGAAGGAGGACGUGCCUUCUGCCGUCGAAUACGCGCUUUUUUUGGGCUAAAUUCACUUCUUCCCCUCCCCUUAUCUCAAAGCAAUCUUUCCCUUGAAACACCGCCAUCACCAUCAGCAAUUUGGUCUUGAAAGAGUCCAAAACCCAGAACAAAGUUUUUCUUCUUUUGUUUCUUUUUUCGUUAUUUUUGAGAGAUUUGAAAAACCCACAAACACAAAACACCGGAAACGACAGGUUGCUUUUAGUAACCCGAAUCCCAGAAAUAGAAAACAAAAAGACAGGAACAAAGUUCUUACCUUUUUCUUUGGUUUUGAGAAGGGGUUGUGUGGUGGUUGGCGGUGAUGGAUCUGGUGAGGAUAUGGGCAUUGGUGUUAGCGUUUGUGGUGGUGGGUCAAUUGGACGUUGGCGCAAGCAACGUUGUGUUCAAGGUGCAAAACAAGUUCGCCGGCCGAGAAAGGAGCCUGAGUGCAUUGAAAGCCCAUGAUUCCCGACGUCACGGUAGACUUCUCUCUGCUGUCGACCUCCAAUUGGGUGGCAGUGGUCAUCCCGCUGAAGCUGGGCUCUACUUUGCAAAAAUUGGGAUUGGCACACCACCAAGUGACUAUUAUGUUCAAGUUGAUACUGGAAGUGACAUUUUAUGGGUGAACUGUGCUGGUUGCAACAACUGCCCCAAAAAAAGCGAUCUUGGUGUAAAACUGACAUUGUAUGAUCCAAAGGGCUCCUCUACUGGAGACUCUGUUACUUGUGAUCAAGAUUUCUGCACUUCCAUGUAUGACGGUCGACUUCCUGGUUGCAAGCCCGAUUUGCUCUGCCAAUAUAAUGUGGUUUAUGGAGACGGAAGCCAGACUACGGGAUACUUUGUGAAAGAUUACGUACAUUUUGAUCGAGUGACUGGAAAUUUUGGAACUGCACCAGCAAAUGGAACUGUUAUAUUUGGAUGUGGAGCCAAACAAUCUGGACAGCUAGGCACAUCUAGUGAAGCACUUGAUGGAAUACUUGGAUUUGGACAGGCAAAUUCAUCUAUGCUUUCGCAGCUAGCUUCAGCUGGAAAGUUGAAGAAGAUGUUUGCACACUGCUUGGAUAGUGUUCAAGGAGGUGGAAUCUUUGCAAUUGGGGAGGUGGUGUCACCAAAAGUGAAUACAACACCUAUAGUACCACAUCAGGCACAUUACAAUGUUGUUAUGAAGGCACUUGAGGUGGGUGGUGACAUUCUAGAGCUUCCAACGGAUAUAUUUGACAGCGGGGAUGGGAAAGGAACAAUUAUUGAUAGUGGUACAACCUUGGCGUAUCUUCCAGAGGUGGUUUAUGAGGCACUUAUGACCCAGAUCAUGGCUCACCAAUCUGGGCUGAAACUGCAUACUGUAGAUGAACAGUUUUCUUGUUUUCAGUACAAUGGAAAUGUUGAUGAAGGAUUCCCAGUUGUUGUGUUUCAUUUUGAAGGUUCCCUCACUUUGACGGUGUAUCCCCAUGAUUACUUGUUCCAAGUUCGUGAAGAUGCGUGGUGUAUUGGUUGGCAGAACAGUGGAGCGCAAUCAAAGGAUGGCAGGGACAUGACUCUUUUGGGAGAUUUGGUGCUUUCAAAUAGACUAGUUAUAUAUGAUCUUGAAAAUCAGACCAUUGGAUGGAAGGAAUACAACUGCUCUUCGAGUAUCAAAGUGAGGGAUGAGACUACUGGGGCAGUUUAUUCCGUGGGCGCUCACGAUUCGUCUUCGGCUUCUAGCCUGAUCAGUGGAAAUUUACUAACAGUUUUGUUACUACUAACUGUUUGGCUUCAGAGUUUCACAUAAAUACAUAUACUACCGUGACAACUGGUAAAGCAUUUGUUAGUUUGUUGUACCAUAAUUUGUUUGAUAGAAAUGUGUGUUUAUUUUGACUUAUAGGGGAAAUACUAGACCUCACUUUGUAUAUUUUUCCUUCGGUCUUGCAGCUGUUUAAAGUUUCUUCCUGAUUCUUGUAUUUUUUUUAUUCAACAUUCAAAAAUAAAUUGAAAAAACUGUCACAAGUUGGCUGUGUA